AUGACCUGCUCUCUACGUGGCCAGCACCUGUAGGUGUCCCUCAAGAGCUCAGUUUUGAGGUUCCAGUCAGUGUGGCCAUGAAGGGGCUGCCUAUUGGGCUGAUGCUGUGACCCUGGAAUCUGCCUUUCCUGCCAGUCCCCCUGCCCGGAACAUGUGGCUGUGGCUUGGCCUGCCCUGGCUGCCCCUGAGCCCCAAGCCCACAGUUGGCCGGAGCCUGUGCCUCACCCUGUGGUUCCUCGGCUUGGUGCUGAGGGCCAGUACACAGGCCCCAGCGCCCACAGUCAAUACUCACUUUGGAAAGCUAAGGGGUGCCCGGGUACCAUUGCCCAGUGAGAUCCUGGGGCCUGUGGACCAAUACCUGGGGGUGCCCUACGCAGCUCCUCCGAUCGGCGAGAAACGCUUCCUGCCCCCUGAACCACCCCCAUCCUGGUCGGGCAUCCGGAACGCCACACACUUUCCCCCAGUGUGCCCCCAGAACAUCCACACAGCUGUGCCCGAAGUCAUGCUGCCUGUCUGGUUCACUGCCAACUUGGAUAUCGUCGCCACUUACAUCCAAGAGCCCAAUGAAGACUGCCUCUACCUGAAUGUCUAUGUGCCCACGGAGGAUGGAUCCGGCGCUAAGAAACAGGGCGAGGACUUAGCGGAUAAUGACGGGGAUGAAGAUGAAGACAUCCGGGACAGUGGUGCUAAGCCCGUCAUGGUCUACAUCCAUGGAGGCUCUUACAUGGAAGGGACAGGCAACAUGAUUGAUGGCAGCGUCCUCGCCAGUUAUGGCAACGUCAUCGUCAUCACCCUCAACUAUCGGGUUGGGGUGCUAGGUUUCCUGAGCACUGGAGAUCAGGCUGCCAAGGGCAACUAUGGGCUCCUUGACCAAAUUCAGGCACUCCGCUGGGUGAGUGAGAAUAUUGCCUUCUUCGGUGGCGAUCCCCGUCGUAUCACAGUCUUUGGCUCAGGCAUCGGUGCGUCCUGUGUCAGCCUCCUCACGUUGUCACAUCACUCUGAGGGGCUUUUUCAGAGGGCCAUCAUCCAAAGUGGUUCUGCUCUAUCCAGCUGGGCUGUGAACUACCAACCAGUGAAGUAUACCAGCCUGCUGGCAGACAAGGUGGGCUGUAAUGUGCUAGACACAGUGGAUAUGGUGGACUGUCUUCGGCAAAAGAGUGCCAAGGAGCUAGUAGAACAGGACAUCCAGCCAGCCCGCUACCAUGUGGCCUUUGGCCCUGUGAUUGAUGGUGAUGUCAUCCCUGAUGACCCUGAGAUUCUCAUGGAACAGGGUGAGUUCCUCAAUUAUGACAUCAUGUUAGGUGUCAACCAGGGUGAGGGGCUCAAGUUUGUGGAAGGGGUGGUGGACCCUGAGGAUGGUGUCUCUGGCACUGACUUUGACUACUCCGUCUCCAACUUUGUGGACAAUCUAUAUGGAUAUCCUGAGGGUAAGGAUACCCUGCGGGAGACCAUCAAGUUUAUGUACACAGACUGGGCAGACCGUGACAACCCUGAGACCCGCCGUAAAACACUGGUGGCACUCUUCACUGACCACCAGUGGGUGGAACCCUCAGUGGUGACAGCUGAUCUGCAUGCCCGCUAUGGCUCACCUACCUACUUCUACGCCUUCUACCAUCACUGCCAGAGCCUCAUGAAGCCUGCUUGGUCAGAUGCAGCUCAUGGGGACGAAGUACCCUAUGUUUUCGGUGUCCCUAUGGUGGGCCCCACUGACCUCUUCCCCUGCAAUUUCUCCAAGAAUGACGUUAUGCUCAGUGCUGUUGUCAUGACCUACUGGACCAACUUUGCCAAGACCGGGGAUCCCAACAAGCCGGUCCCCCAGGACACCAAGUUUAUUCACACCAAGGCCAACCGCUUUGAGGAAGUGGCCUGGUCCAAAUACAACCCCCGAGACCAGCUUUACCUUCACAUCGGGCUGAAACCGAGGGUUCGAGAUCAUUACCGGGCCACUAAGGUGGCGUUUUGGAAACACCUGGUGCCCCACCUAUACAACCUGCAUGACAUGUUCCACUAUACGUCCACAACCACCAAAGUGCCACCCCUGGAUACCACCCACAGCUCCCACAUCACCCGAAGGCCCAACGGUAAGACCUGGAGCACCAAGCGGCCAGCCAUCUCCCCUGCCUAUAGCAAUGAAAAUGCCCAAGGGUCCUGGAAUGGGGAUCAGAAUGCAGGGCCACUCUUGGUGGAGAACCCUCGUGACUACUCCACUGAAUUAAGUGUCACCAUCGCCGUGGGGGCCUCCCUUCUGUUCCUUAAUGUUCUGGCCUUCGCUGCCCUCUACUACCGUAAGGACAAACGACGUCAGGAGCCCCUGCGGCAGCCUAGCCCUCAGAGGGGAGCCGGGGCCCCCGAAUUGGGAGCUGCUCCUGAGGAGGAGCUGGCAGCAUUACAGCUGGGCCCCACCCACCAUGAGUGUGAGGCCGGUCCCCCUCACGACACACUGCGCCUCACUGCGCUGCCCGACUACACUCUGACCCUGCGGCGCUCCCCUGAUGACAUCCCACUCAUGACCCCCAACACCAUCACUAUGAUUCCCAAUUCCCUGGUAGGGCUGCAGACAUUGCACCCCUAUAACACCUUUGCCGCAGGGUUCAACAGUACUGGGCUGCCCCACUCACACUCCACUACCCGGGUAUAGCUCCAGCCCAGAGCACAGCCUAUCUCCUGGCUCCCUUCCUCCCAGAUCCACGAACACACAUGCACACACAGACACACAGAGAAACACAUACAGAUAUAUAUGUAUACGCACGCACCCACGCCCAACAGCAGACCCACCUGCACAAACAUAGAUAGACGUGGACAUGCACCCGCAUGUACAAAAACACAAAUAAGGAAGUAAACCUAAACAAACCCUCCAAAUGGGGAUGCAAAUGAGUCCUUGGGAAACUGAGGACCCAUGGGACAGCAGCCGAAGCCAGCUCCUUGAGCCUGACCACAGACUCUCCUGGGGGCCUGAAAGCACCAGCUGGACACCCCCUUGGUGCUUGCCCUCCGCCUCUCUUGGAACCGCACCACCAACCAACUCCAGACUUGGGAGCUGUAAAGAGCAGAGUAGCUCUUUCUCCCCUAGACUUGAUCUUUUUUUUCUGGUCUUGUUUUUGUUGAUUUUAAAAAAAAAUGGAACAAAUCCUUCUCCAACCUGUGAGUGCGAAGAAGCUCCAGAAGGGAGGGCCCCAGCCCAGGUCUUUCUGGCUCCAGUGUUCACAGAAUCCGACCAAGGAACAGGACCCCCAAGAAAGAAACAGAUUUGAGUAAGACCACAGGUUGGAAGGAGGAAGGGGCUAUGGCCGGAUGGGGCUGGAGGCCAUAGGGGAGAACUCUCCAGCCAUCUCUGUGUCCCUGUGAAGGGCUGCAGACUGCAGAGUAGAUUUGGUGAAUGAGGUUCUGUGGAGUUCACGCCUCUGUCCUCGGGGUAAUGCCAUCAGAAAUUCACCCCAUUUUAUUUACAGUCUCUUGUGUCUGUCAUUUCUCUUUCAAAAAGGC